CCCUUUGUGCCGCGGUGCAUGCUGGGUGCCGUGCAGCACCUGUUCACGGAGGGACACGGAGAGUGAAUGCUCGCAGCGCCAGACCCGCUCAGGUCGGGUUUCUCCGGGAUCGCACUACGUCUGCGGGCUGAUUUCUCUGCCCGAGGUAUUGUUCUGUAUCGCUGCAUCGGAGCCAUACGAGAGCGGGCCAUGAGGACUUUUCCCAAAAACAGAAGCUGCGAAGUUUACAGCGUCUCUGGUUUGGGAGCCUGCGCCCCCGCCGGUGCACCUGCACAGGAGGACUUUCUGACGAAACCCACCCAGAGGUCAAGUCCAUCUAGCAUCAAGAGCCCGGCAGGCAAGAGAGCGAAUUGCAGGGCAUGGAGUAAGUGGGCACUGAGAACCUCCCCCCUCCUCCCUCUCUCGGCUGCCAUUGCACUGACUCUCCAUUUCCUUGCAUCCUCUCCAUCGCUCUCAGUGUUCUACCUUGGAGGAAGCAUCGAGUUCUCCAACCUCAGCUUCUCUCCAGACCUGGCAGACCCCUCGUCUACACAGUUCCGCCUCCAGUCUCAGGCGCUAAGCCAUUAUUUCUCAGAGUUGUAUGAUUCUUCACCAUGGAGCACGUAUUACCAGCACUCAGGAAUUAUUGCAUUUAGUGAAGGAGUGGAAGGUCUUUGUGUGUACUACUGGAGUAAAUUCUCUGCUCCUCCCGCUAUUGCUGAGGAACUCCGGAGAGUGAACUCAUCCCGGUUGCAACGGCGUCUACCUGGAACCAACAAGGUCCUUUUUAGCAGAAACGAGGAACGCUACUACAUGGAGAGGGACGAGGACACACUGCGUCUGCUGGGUUUGAAUGCAGAUAACGGUGGUGAUGCCGAGGAUGAAGACGAUGAAGAUUCUGAUGACAAAGCGGAAAAAAUAAAGAACCCAAACUCUUUACAGAGUGGCAAGUGGCAGUUGGGGCUUCAGGCCAUGUCUUUUGACCUGUACGCUAAGUAUGGAAACAAUCGCACACUCAGUCUUGUCAGUCCGAAGAAGCCGUAUUACCAGUGGAGGCUUCGGGUGCCGUCCGGUCACGUCGUGCGACUUGUCAUUCUCACACUUCAAGGGGCGACACCAGGAAGCUGCUCUGCCAACAAGCUGUCUGCUUAUGAUUUCCUACUGCCGCUUCAGAACAAGAUCAUCGCCAGAUGGUGUGGUCUGCCAAUAUCAGGAACAUCCCCUGUAAUGAAACUGACAUCUUCUGGAAACGUCAUGCUUGUCACAUUUUCUUUCAGUCGUCAGAGGCAAGGAGCCAUCUUCAAAGCUUAUUUCCAAGCUAUACCCAAAACCGAGUGUGGUGGUUUCCUCACUGCGUGGAACGGCACGGUGACGUCCCCUUACUACCCCGCCUACUACCCUCCAAAUGUGGACUGUAACUGGAAAAUCAGGGCUCCGUUGCCGGGAUACCUUCUCUCCGUGACCAUUGUGAUGCUAGACAUUCAGGAUUCACCGGCCUCAAGCACCUGCGAAAAAGAUUGGCUGGAAAUAGGCGGCGUAAAACUCUGUAACCCAAUUGGGGACAGCGGCAGAAAGAGGAUCUACUCUUCACCCGUCCUGCUGCACUUUCACUCGGAUGAGUCUUUGACCCAUAAAGGUUUUUAUCUGAUCUACAGGGCCUUCUCUCCUGAAAGCGCAUGUCCGAGGCAGUUCCGCUGUGGAGAUGGCAAGUGUAUUCCUCUGAGGAAAGUGUGUGAUGGAGAAAAAGACUGUUCUGAUGGACGAGAUGAGGCCAAAUGCAACACGUGUAAACCAGGAGAAGUUUAUUGUGUGGGUCAGUGCAGACCACACAGCCAGUGUAACACCGCAUGUGGUGACAGCAGUGAAGAGAAUAACUGUGGAGGUAAAUGCUACCAUAUGUGCCCAAACAAAAUCUGCCUCCCCAAAGCCUCAGUGUGUGAUGGGAUUGUGGACUGCAAAGACCGCAGUGAUGAACUCAACUGCACAAGAGCAUUUUCUAAAGGAUGCUCUCCUUCCUCCUUCAAAUGUGCCAGUGGAAAGUGCUUGAGUAAGAUCAAUCCGGAGUGUGACGGCAUUAAAGACUGCAAAGAUGGUUCAGAUGAGUUGCGCUGUAGUUGUGGCACGAGGCCCAGGAAGAGGGCAAAGAUUGUGGGUGGAACGGAUGCCCAGGCAGGCUCAUGGCCAUGGCAGGUCAGCCUUCAGAUGGAACGCUAUGGUCAUGUGUGCGGGGCAUCUCUGGUGGCCAGCCGCUGGCUUGUCUCUGCAGCUCACUGCUUUCAGGACUCAGAUGCAAUCAAGUAUUCUGAUGCGCGAUCAUGGAGGGCCUACAUGGGCAUGCGAGUAAUGAACUCGGUCAGCAACGCAGCGGCCACCAGACAAAUCCGUCGCAUCAUCUUGCAUUCGCAAUACGACCAAUUCACCUCCGACUAUGACAUCGCCCUUCUAGAACUAAGUGCCCCUGUCUUUUUCAAUGAGUUGGUACAGCCCGUCUGCAUUCCUGCCUCCUCUCACGCCUUCACCUCCGGAACCAGCUGCUUUGUCACUGGAUGGGGGGUUCUGUCAGAAGAAGGUGAAUUGGCCACAUUGUUGCAAGAAGCCACCGUUAACAUCAUCAGUCACAACACUUGUAAUAAAAUGUAUGACGAUGCGGUCACUCCCAGAAUGCUUUGCGCCGGAAACAUUCAGGGAGGAGUGGAUGCUUGUCAGGGAGACUCUGGGGGACCUUUAGUGUGUCUGGAACGUGGCCGGAGGUGGUUUCUAGCAGGCAUUGUGAGCUGGGGUGAGGGCUGUGCCCGACAGAACCGGCCUGGAGUUUACACACGUGUCAUAAAGUUCACAGACUGGAUUCACCAGCAGACGAAAGGCCAGGUGUGACUAACACACGCACACAUAUAUUUACACCAGAGAACGGGUGAUUGG